UUUAUGUUACAAUCCACGCAACAUUCGGCCGCUGACACGGAGAAAGCCACCGUCUAUCAGCUGGCCAACGGAAAUCAUACCAACGGUGACUGCGGCAAAGUCAGAACGCAACCGAAGGUCCCAGCCCGAAGACGCACCAACAUGCUCGUGAAGGAGUUUUGCAACCGGCGGUGCAUCCUUACCUCGUCCGGAUUGCUUCUCGUCGCCAGCGGUACCUUCUUCAUCCUGUUUUUCCCGAUCAUAUUCCAGGACAUACUGCAAGAGGAGCUUAAACUUCGACCCGGUUCGCGGAGUUAUGAUUCCUGGGUAUCGCCACCGUUCCCGCUCGCGAUGGACGUGUACUUCUUCAACUGGACCAAUCCGGAGGACAUUACGAACCAUUCCACGAAACCGAUCCUGGAGGAGUUGGGUCCGUAUCGGUUUAUCGAGCAUCCGACCAAGAUAGACAUUGAAUGGCACGACGAGAACGCAACCGUCAGCUAUCGGAAGAAGAGCAUCUACUACUUCGACGAGGAGGGCAGUAAUGGCAGCUUGGAUGAUGUGAUAAGCAGCAUUAACAUUGUGGCCGUGUCGGCAGCAAAGCGAUCCAAAUACUGGGGCUAUCUCAAGCAGAAAGGCGUCUCGUUGGGCCUGAAUGUGUACGAGCAGAAGAUAAACGUGGUCAAAACGGCGGGCGAACUACUGUUCGAUGGGUACGAGGAUAACAUGGUGCUGAUGGGAAAACACAUGUUCGACGCCGACGAAGUGCCAUUCGAUCGUGUCGGAUGGUUCUACACGCGUAACAAUUCUGCUGAUCUGAUCGGUCACUACAACAUCCACACCGGUGUGGAAGACAUUGCCAUGCUCGGUAAAAUGGGCGAAUGGAACUACAAACCGCGUACGAACUUUUUCGAAGGAACCUGCGGCAUGCUGAACGGUUCGGCUGGCGAGUUUUUCCCACCGGGCUUAACCAAAGAUCAACCGAUUGAGCUGUUCACGCCCGACAUGUGCCGUAGCUUGCCGCUCGACUUUGAGGAAGAGGUUACCAUCCACGGCCAGAAGGCGUACAAGUAUUCGGGUGAUCGUAGGGCGAUCGAUAAUGGUACACUGUACCCAGAGACGGCUUGCUUCAGUUCGGGUGAGAUCGUACCGUCCGGCGUGCUGAACAUUUCGUCCUGUCGCUUCGGAACGCCCGUGUUCGUGUCGUUCCCGCACUAUUACGGUGCUGAUCCGUUCUAUCUGGAUCAGGUCGAGGGAUUGAGUCCGUCGAAGGAGAAGCAUCAAUUUUAUAUGUCGAUGGAACCGACGACUUCCGUUCCGUUGGAUGUUGCCGCUCGUUUGCAGCUAAACAUUAUGAUCGAACCGUACGAAAAUAUCAAUCUCUUCUCUGAUGUCAAACGAGUCUUCCUGCCCGUCCUGUGGUUCGAACAGCACGUCAUUAUGCCUCCCGAACUAGCGGGAGAAAUCGGUCAGGCACUAACCAUUCCAUCGAUCGUACGACUCUGCGGCAUUGUCAUGGUUGUGUUCGGCGUACUGCUUCUCCUCUGGACACCCCUGGAACGUGUGUUCUUCCGACGGCGGCGUGUUGCCGGUACGAUCGGCACCAAAGAUCAACCAGCAUUCAACGGUGUCCGAUCGUUCAAUCUUACGACCGAAAAGGGAUUGCUUGCAUCGUCGGAGAAGAAAAAUGGCAAACCGACCACAGCCACCGCAAUCGUGUUGGUGGACAAGCUGCUCGAAAAGCCAGAAAAGCUUCCACUCACGGACAGCGGUACACAAUCGCCUCCGACCGAGCCAGAGAGUGCUCCACUGAUCGAGGGUAGAAAUGCGACCAUUAUUAAAUCUUGA